GCGUGCGGGCGAGGCCAGCGCGGGGGCCGGGCCGCUUCCUUCACGCCGCCGCGGCGUCCUGGGGCGGGCUCCGGCAGCGAUGGCAGAGGCUGAGCGGGGCUGAGCCGGCAGCCGCCCGCAGCCCCCGGGGCCCCCUUGAGUCCCUGCCAUGGCGAAACAGUACGAUGUGCUGUUCCGGCUACUGCUGAUUGGGGACUCCGGGGUGGGCAAGACCUGCCUGCUGUGCCGCUUCACCGACAACGAGUUCCACUCCUCGCAUAUCUCCACCAUCGGUGUUGACUUUAAGAUGAAGACCAUCGAAGUAGAUGGCAUCAAAGUGCGGAUACAGAUCUGGGACACAGCAGGACAGGAGAGGUACCAGACCAUCACGAAGCAGUACUAUCGGAGGGCCCAGGGAAUAUUUUUAGUCUACGACAUUAGCAGUGAGCGCUCUUACCAACACAUCAUGAAGUGGGUCAGUGACGUGGAUGAGUAUGCGCCGGAAGGAGUCCAGAAGAUCCUCAUAGGGAACAAGGCUGAUGAAGAGCAGAAGCGGCAGGUGGGGAGAGAGCAGGGCCAGCAGCUGGCUAAGGAGUAUGGCAUGGACUUCUAUGAAACAAGUGCCUGCACCAACCUCAACAUUAAAGAGUCCUUCACUCGUCUGACGGAGCUGGUGCUGCAGGCUCACAGGAAAGAGCUGGACGGUCUCCGAACACGCGCCAGCACUGAGUUAGCGCUGGCUGAGCUGGAGGAAGAGGAAGGCAAACCUGAGGGCCCAGCAAAUUCUUCAAAGACCUGCUGGUGCUGAGGGGCCUGUGUGGAAUCC